CUGGAUCAUAUAUGAAUGUUUCAAGAUACCUAUAGCAUGGCUGAGGGCGAUAAGAAGAAGGCCCAUAAGCAUGGCAGCCGUAACCCUGUCCUGGUCCGGGGCAUCGGCCGCUAUUCCCGCUCGGCCAUGUAUGCUCGCCGGGCCAUGUACAAGAGGAAGACUAAAGCUCCCGUGACGAAGGUUGAAAAGAAAAUUAAGGAAAAGGCUCCCUCCACAGCCACCAAAACUGUCGGCGGAGACAAAAAUGGAGGCACUCGUGUGGUCAAACUGCGCAAACUGCCCCGUUACUACCCCACAGAGGACGUGUCCCGUAAGCUGCGGAGUCACGGCGUCAAGCCCUUCUCUCAGCACCGCAGGAAACUGCGCAAGUCCAUCAGCCCCGGGACCGUCCUGAUCCUGAGUGGGGUAGAUAUGUGGGGGCGUCGCGUGGUCUUCCUCAAGCAGCUGGGCACCGGUCUUCUCCUCGUCACUGGUCCUCUGGCUCUGAACCGAGUGCCUCUGCGGAGAGCUCACCAGAAGUUCUGCAUCGCCACAACCACCAAAGUGGACAUCUCUGGCAUGAAGAUCCCCAAAACGCUGACUGACACCUACUUCAAGAAGAAGAAGCUGAGGAGACCCAAGCACCAGGAGGGAGAGAUAUUUGACACAGAGAAGGAGAAGUACCAGUUGACAGAGCAGCGUAAGACUGACCAGAAAGCGGUGGAUUCUCAGCUGCUUCCUCUGAUCAAGAAGGUUCCUCUGCUCAAAGGAUACCUGCGCUCCACGUUCUGCCUGUCUAAUGGAGUCUAUCCACACAAACUGGUUUUCUAAAAUGCUAAUAAAAUCUGUCAACCCAA